AUGUCCUCCAAACAAGCCAAGAAGAAGGAGUCCGGGCAUCGCCUGAGCUCAGCAAUGGGGCAGACGCCCAGAGAUAUGGUGUCCAUCGUUGCCAAUACAUUGACUGCAUCCGUUGAGUUCAAGAAAGGAAGAUCUUCAAUGUGGCCCGAAUGGAGUGAAGCAGAUAUCAACGCUGAGAAAUGGGACACGGGAAAAGCUGGAAAGGAAAAAGACAAAACUGGAAAGAGUCCAGCAUUACAUUUUUUUGAUGACCCUGAAGGAAAAAUUGAAUUACCAGCUAAUCUAAAAAUCCGUUCUUGGAAACGUCCCCAUGAGUUUAUAACAAGCACGUCUCCUGUGGUUGUUAAGGAUGAGACCUCCUGUGAUUUAUUAUCGGCAAAUGAACAUCUCAUUGGAAGUGAGCUCAUGCGGUGGAUAAUUAGCGAGGUCAGUGCCGUCUGGAGAAUUUACAAUGAAGGUCUGAUGGAAAAUAAAGCCUCAUCUGCAGAGCCGCCAGUGCUGGCAUGGAAGCCAUGGGAGCACAUCUAUUCUCUUUGUAAAGCCGUAAAGGGGCACAUGCCUCUCUACAACAGCUAUGGGAAAUAUGUUGUCAAACUAUAUUGGAUGGGGUGCUGGAGAAAAGUUGUUGUGGAUGACACUCUACCGUUCAGUGACGAUGACAAGUUACUACUCCCAGCAACUACCUGCGAAGCUGAACUAUGGCCAAUGCUUCUGUCCAAGGCCAUCAUUAAACUUGCAAGUUUAGACACCAAUGGAUUUGCAAAACGGGAGCUUGGAGAAUUUACUGUCCUGCAUGCACUAACUGGAUGGCUACCAGAGGUUAUACCUCUACAAUAUGAUUGUCUCGACGAAGUGUGGGAGCUCUUAAAAAGAAUAGUUUCUGAGUUCAAGUUAACGAGCGAUGAAAAACAUGAAUCCAAACCAGGAGCAGAAGACAAAUCCAGAGACAACAAGCUAGCGGAUACGAAACCAGAAAUCCCCAUACCCACCGUCAUUAAGCCCUCAGAAAAGACCAGCAAAGAGAAAACGGACUCAAAGGAUGCUGGAAAAAAGAAAGGAGAAAAAGAGAAAAACCGGUCAGCCACUCAUUCUGCACGACCUUCUUCAGAUUUGUCAAACCCUUUUCAACAAUCCCUCCAAGAGUUCACAUCUGUAACCUUGGUACCACAGAUGGUUGUGUAUGCAAGCUACUUACCUCUCCAUUUGAGUGAGCAGAAGAUUUCUGUACUUGGGCAGAUGGCAGAUUCAUCGGAGAAGCUGAGACAUUAUGGAUUAUCUCACAUAUACAACCACCCAGUGCUGGUGUCUAGAACUAGAUCAUGCCCUUUAGUAGCUCCACCAAAACCACCUCCUGUGCCACGAUGGAAACUGAUAAGGCAGAAAAAAGAUGUUAAUGUCACAGAUGAAGCCAAAGAACCUGUUGACAAGAAAGCUGAUCAGUUUGUAGAGAUCACCACACCGUUUCUUAACUUUCGGCUGAAUCCACUCUCUGUACCGUCUGAAGGACAAAUUGUAAGUACUACUUCAAGGAGAAGUUCUCUUGUGACAUCGAGCCUAGCAUCCGUAGAUGAGGCCGAAGAGACCGCCCAGAAAGGUAACGCAGACAUCAGUGAAGAUGUAGGAUUAAAUGCUGGAAACGAAACUCAGGUAAACUCUUCACUUCAAGAAAAUCUACCAGAUGGCUCCUAUGAUAUUUUGGCUGGUGAUGGUCUCAUAACAGAUGGGUCAGGUCAAGCACCCAACACCAUUGAGAAAGAAGCACUGGUCGAAGCAAAGCAAGUCACAAAGCAAACAUGGAUGGAGUUUUCUGACUUCGGCAGGUGUUUCAGGACAUUGUACAUAUUCCACAAGCCAAGUACAUAUCUAUAUACAUAUCAGAAAGCAGAUUUCAAGACAACAGAUGAUCGAGAUAGAGGAACCUAUUUCCUAUGUGUUGAUAACCUGAGGCCUACAGAAAUUUUGGUUAGCUUUUCAGCACUGACCCACUGGGGAGAUUCCCAUGUGAAAGAGGAUGUGGGAUCUCAUAAAGGCGUAUUAACAGCAGAACUGUUUUCUUGGAAGAGUCUCCUCAAUGGACCAGUUAUAUUAAAACUACACACCUAUGUGACCAAAGCUUCCUUGAUAAGCCUGCCCCCCGGGCGUCAUGUCUUACGCUUCACUGCAGGUUCACCCUUAGGCCACCAUAUCCACCUGUGUAGUACAGUGCCAUUCGUCUUUGGUGAUGAGGAAACUGUUAUGCCAUAUCUUGACAAGGAAAGUUUUCAAUUUAUGGACCAGGCUACAAAUAUAGUAAGAGCUGUACUGAAAGUGAUACAUAACUUUAGUAAUGAAAAUGAGCUGCCCAGGGCCUUUAAAGACUUGGAACUUACACACUAUCCGCCGCAAAUAAGAGAAAACCACUUUGGGGAAGAACAUUUUAAGGCUUUUCAUACUGCUUUGUGGCAUCUCAUGACUGAAGCUAUGGGGAACAAAGUUACACACGACUUGGUGUUUGCUUUCAGAGUCUUCACAAUGGAUUUCUCAGCUAUUUUGGCACCAGAAUCUAAUUCCAUGCAAGAUACAAAGGGAGAAAUCCCAACUUCAUGGGAAAAUAGAACCAAUACUUAUGAUGAAGAAGCUGCAUCUUCUAAACUUCAAGCUUGGUGGAGGGGACUUUUCUGUCGAAAAUGUUUGAAUGGCAGAAAACCAGGAACCAAAGAAAACAUCAUUGUGAAAGGAAUUCUCGACAAAAUUAGCUCAGUUGUUGAGCCAAAUGCUGAACAGUAUGGUAUUAAUUUAUUGAGGUUUCUGUUUAAGCACAGUGCUGCGUCACACAAAUAUCCCUGUUAUGCAGAUGAGAGAUACAGGCUUGCAUUUGCUGAUUACGCGGUUACCUACCCAGAUCAACCUGCAAACUCAUGGUUUGUAGUCUUCAGGGAAGUUUUCCACGUUCCUGAAGAUAUGCUUGUAGUUCCGAAGAUGUAUACAAACCUUCAAGCCUGUGCCCUUCACGUCAUUAAUAAUGAUACAUUGGAGGAAAUACCUCGGGUGUGUAACAGAGUAGCACCAUUUAUAUACACCAAAAAUACGAAGGGGUAUACAUUUCUAGCUGAAGCACAUGCUGGUGAAUUUUCCGUGGCAUGUGGAAAAUGGAGACUUAGACUCAUUGGAGCCUGUAAUCCUUUACCGUCACUUUCACGCGACACUGUAAAUAAUGCCUUCUCUAUGAAAGAAAUCAGAGAUUAUUAUAUACCCAAUAAGAAAGAAAUUAUAUUUAGGUACACCAUAAAAUCAGCAAUAGAGCAUGUCGCAACCAUUCAAGUGCAAACCUCCAAGUCAGAUGUAUUCAUCAAGAUACAGAUCCUUGAUAAUGAUGAAGAAGUUGUAAGUGCUACUGGUAAAGGUCAAGCACUUAUACCUGCGUUUUGCUUCAUGCCGAAUGAAAGACCUUUAAGCGCUCACUCAAGCAAAAGCCAGGUGUUAAGUGGAACAAAGAAAGGAAGAAUUAGUUCAGGUGGAAGCCAGAAAAAUAAGACCUCCUCAAGACCUGGGAGCAUUGCUGAAACUCAAUAUUCUGCAGAGAAUGAAACCACAGAAGAUAAAGUGUCGUCUCCACAGCCGGCACAUAAAUACAUUGUACAAGCAACUGUGCUGUAUAGAAGUUGGGAGCUUACUGAAAGUCAAGCAGCCUUUGUUCAAAUGCUAAAGGAGCUGGAAAAGCAGGAAAUGAAAGUAUAUACAGAGAAGAAUGAGGAAAUUACAGCUGAGACACACAACAGUUCAGAAAGCCAAAAAUCUGCAGGCACUCCAAAAACCGCCAGAAAGGGCAAAGAGAAAAUAGCAGAGAAAUCUGAAAAAGAAAAGCCUGGUAAGGACAAGGAUAGAGAGAGACUUCAGUCAACCCCUACCUCAAGACCCGAAUCACAGGCCCAACUGCAAAUUGAUCUAAACAAACCUUCCUGGAUCCUGCGAUUUGUCAGUGAAACAAGUGAGGUGGACACUCUAGAGGUGAAGAAAGACACAGAGCGUAUGGAUGAAAUUAGAGCCUUAAAACAAGCCUGGGAGUUGGCAGAACCAGGUCGAGCUGUAAAGGCUUUACAGUCACGACUGCAGUUUGUGAACAAGUACAUACAUAAAGCUUCAACCCAGCAGAUGGAAAAUGCCCUUCAGGAUGACCAAGUUUCAGCUGAGGAAGAAGUAGUAUUGACUUCAAAAAUCCAAGAGCCUCAGUCAUCUGAACAAGUGGCAACAUUGAAAAGAGAAUUAGAACCUUUGGACUUAUCUCCUUUCAUUAGCAGAAGCAGACAGCCAGAACCUGUACUCCGUGAUGAGCAGGUCAUUCAACAACAGGCAGUGCAGAAAGCAGAGGAAAUCCGACAAUUCCGACAGCUUAAAGAAGAGAUUAGAAAGCAACGUGAACAAGAACUAAAUGCCAGAAAUGUGCAAAAGCAGAAAGUUCUACAAAUGUAUGAGGAUUUGCAGAUAUCACUUGAUAGUGCGCGGGAACAGAUUAUCAGUGUCCAGGAAGCAUAUAAGAGAAAACUACUAGAAGCAGAUAAAAGAAAGCAGGAAGUUAAUGCAGCUGAAGAAGGCAUCAAUCGCUCAGAAGAAAAGAAAACACCAUCUGCCCAGAAGAGGAAAAGUGCAAAAAGUGGAAAAAAGAAAUAACUAAAUAAAGAAAUUCUCCAUUCAUAUGGUUCCUGAAGAUCACUGAUGUAUGGUGUUAAGAUAAAUGUAAAAAUACAAUUUACACCUCCUGCAUAUGACUGUCUUGUGGAUCUGCAAAAUACGUAUGCGGUCCUAUGUAUCCCGCAAU